AUGAAAAAUGGACGUAUUUCAGCGGAUCAGUUUUGGACAGGUAACAACUCAUUGGAGAAAAGUGACCCUUACAAAAUCACAGACUUCUGGAGUAAUGUUCGAUGUCCAUUGGAUGCAGCUUUUCGCGAUGAAAACGGUGAUAUUGUAUUUUUCAAAGGAGGAAGGUAUUGGAUUUUAUUUUAGCAGAGGAAAAUCAGUUAAUAGUCAUUCGUCCCAUACUUUUUUCAGUAAAUCAGUGAUCCAUCGGUUCGUUCAUUUAUUCACUGAUUAAUUCAAUCUCUUAUUUGUUCGGUUUAUUCUCACUUUUUGCCAGAACAAUCGACUAUAGUUAUUUUUAUUAAUCCAUUAAUUAAUAUAUAACUAUUUUUAUAUAUAAUUACAUUUCAAGAAUUGAUUUUGCAACCUUAUAUAGCACCACCACCUGAUUUAAGGAUUCAAUCUUUUCCAAACAAGUUCAAUUUCAUGCGUUUGAAAGCAUUUCAAUUCAUAAAAAGGCUUCUCAUCCAAAGGCAAUUGCAUUGACUCUUUGCUGCAGAUAUUGGGCGUACAGAGGUAACAAUCUCCUUCGCAGUAGAGGAUUGAUUCGCAAGCGGUACAGAUUGCAUCGUUUCAGACGCACCAUGAAUGCGGUUUUCGCCUUCAGAAAUGUGACCCAUUUUAUCAAAGGGUCAAAGUAUUGGCGCCUCAGUGGUAACCAGAAUAGACGGAAUUCCCCGAAGAUUAUUAGGCCACGACGAUUGCGAAAUGCUGACGCAGUAACAACUUGGAUCAACAACAACAGAAUUUACGUCUUCAAGGGAGAGUCUUACUACAGGCUUGGAAAAGUAAACAAAGAGCCUUACUAA